UCAGAGUCCGGUUGAUGGAGAGAAGGAGAAGAGAAAGCCGCAGAGACGCGGUGGACAUGUAGGAACAACGGAAACAGCAGCCCGAACGCUCCAUGUCCACCUCACGUCUUGUUGUUUUUUUGUUUUACUUUUUUCUACUUUGUUGACUUUUCUUUUUUCCACGGUGGUUUCGUCGCUUUACGGCCCGAGUCCUGUAUCCCUUGGCAACGCGACCAACUGUCCUGCGAAGUUUGGAUCAAGUGUUUUACUGCAGACGGAAAACUGGCUGGAUAUUAACCCGCUGAACCACCGGAGCUUCCCCUGGGGCAUGCUAGCGUGUUGGAAAGUUCUCCAAACUCCCCCCCCCCCCGUUCUUAUCUAACUUCUUUUUUAAUUUGAAACUUUGUGUUUAGGGAAACGGCACAGCGCGAGACAAUAGUGGUGAGGGGGAGAGGGAGCUCGUGCACGGGUGAGGUAGAGGAGGGAAGGGGGAGUCGGUGCCUCGCGGGGGCUUUGUUCUGCCCAGAGUCGAGGUGCCGGAUAUCGACCGAGCGAGCGGCGGAUUUAAUGAUUAGUUGCUGAUUAGAAAGCGGAGCUGGAAGCCGUGGGAACAACCAUGGACGUGACUCUGUCCGAGUUACUGGCCACUUUCAUGGAGUCACCGCUGGUGGUGUGGGUGCGGAUGUUGGGCCCGCUGGGUUCAUGUGACGAUGUGGGCUCAGAGGAGCGAGUCAGCAUGUUCAUGGAGCUGGUGGACGGUGUUUUCCUGCACAAGAUCAUGACACACAUUGACCCUAGCCCCAGUAAUCAGAGACUGAACAAGAAUGUGAACAAUGACUUGUCGCUUCGCCUUCACAACCUGAGUGUUCUCACCAAACACAUCAGAACGUACUACCAGGAGAACUUACAGCAGUUAAUAGUCAUGCCCCUUCCCAACAUCCUCUGCAUCGCUAAGGAUCCAAUAUCAGCCAAGAGCAUGGAAGAACUGAAAAGACUUUUGUUACUGAUACUAGGCUGUGCUGUUCAGUGUGAGCGUAAGGAGGAGAUGAUAGAGAAGAUCAAACUGCUGGACAUUGAGACCCAGGCCGCCAUUGUCUCUCACAUCCAGGAGGUUACCCAUAACCAACAGAAUGUACUCGACCUUUCCUGGCUGGAGGAAGGAGCAGAGCUUGUGCAUGAAGAGCUGGAGCCUCUGUCCCGUAACAUGGCCACGUCACUACAGCAACUGAUUGACCAGAGAGACAAAGCCAGUGAGGUGAUUUUGGAUUUGAGCCAGGAGAGGGAUUACCUGUUCAGUCAGCAGCCCCAGGAAGGAUGCAGGAACCUGGGCACGAGCAGCCCACAGCGAGGGCAGAGCACUGGAGGUGUGGGAAUGAAUGUUGGAGGAUCAGCUCUGACCAAAGAAGAGAGACAGCAUCUGUCUGUGGAGCUUGCUGAUACCAAGGCCAAGCUUCGCAAAUACAGACAAGACCUUGAGGAGAAAACAGAGCAACUGAUGGAUUCAAAACAUGAAGUGGAGCGUCUGGAUCAGGAGUUACAGAAAGUAAAACAAGAGAAUCAGUCGCUAUCUUGUGAGGCUCGCUCAGCCCGAGUGUACCGGGACGAGGUGGACUCUCUGAGGGAGAGAGCAUCCAGGGUGGACAGGCUGGAGACUGAACUGACCAGAUGUAAAGAAAAGCUCAAUGAUGUUCACUUCUACAAGACCAGAGUAGAGGAGCUUCGUGAGGACAACUUUACUCUGAUGGAGACAAAGAUGUUGCUGGAAGAGCAGCUGUCAGCCUCUAGGGGGCGCUUUGAAAAACUUCACACACUGGAGAAAGACAACCUUUUACUACGGGCUAAGAUACACGACCUGGAAAUGGAGAGGGACAAUGAACGUCAGAGGCUGGAGGAGCUUGUGGAGGAGAACAUGCUGCUGGAGAUCGGACAGAAACAGAGUAUGAACGAGUCAGCUCAUCUCGGCUGGGAGCUGGAGCAGCUGAGCAAGAACCACGAAAACACUAACACAGAGACCCGUAAGUCACUGGUCCAUGAGCUUAACGAGUGUGUUUCCAGUCGAGUGUUGAAGCUGGAGAAGGAAAACCGGGAGCUUCAGUCCUCUAUAGACAGACUGAAAGAAGACAACCACCUCCUGCAGCAGCAGCAGCUCCACACCCAGGAGCUGGACAGGGAGAACCAGAGUCUCAGCAAGAAGUUGGAGCGUCUCCAGGGCUUGCUGGACCAGGAGAGACUGACCAAUCAGGACAUGGAAUCUCUGGGGGAGGAAAUUUUGAAGGAAAAGCAGAGUCUGGAGAGAGAAAUGCAUGUUCUGAGGGCAGAGAAGGAUCAGCUGAUCUCAGAGUUGGAAAGUGAGAAGCAGCACCUGUCUGAUGCGGUGGUGUCCCUUCAGGAGCGUGCACAGUCCAACAGUGAGGCAAGAGUCCGUGAGGUGGAAGCAGAGAAUAGUUUACUUCACCAGAGCAUCACUGACACCAGCUCCCGACUGGCCAGCUUGGAAACUCAACUCAAAGUAACAAAUGAGGAGGCAGAGCGGCUGAGGGAGAGGGCAGGACGGUGUGUGGAGGCAGAGAGAGAGGCAGCAAGGCUGGAGCGGAGCAGGGACACCCUGAACAGAGAAGUGGUGUCUCUGCGUACAUGCAGCGAGCGGUCAGAGGCUCUUGAGAAGCAGGUGUCCUCCUUUGAGCAGGAGGUGCACAGACUGAAGAGGGAGGCAGUGGAAGCCCAGCAACAGCUGCAGCAGCUGAACAGGCACGAGGUAGAAAACAGCCUGAUGUCAAAGGAGAACCUGGACCUCCGCUGCUCACUGGAAAACUUGCGCUCCUCAUCUGCUCGUCUAGCUACCCUGCAGGAGGAGCAUACGGAGGUCCAGAGAGAAACACAGGAGCUGAAAAGGAGGCUGGAAGAGGUCAGAGAGGAGACACAAACAGAGAGGAAGAAGGCAGAAAGGCUGGAGGUGAACAUGGCAACUCUGAAUCAGGAGAAGCAUCGAUUAGAAGAGGAACUAGAGAGGAGUAAAGAGGAGAGGGAGGAGGUAGAGAGGGAGAGACAGGAGAUGCAGAGCAGAGAGGAGGAAUGGAGAAGGGAAGUAGAGGACCUGAAGGAGGAGCGUAAAAGGAGGGUGGAAGGAGACAAGGAGAGGAGGAAGCUACAACUGGACCUGGAGCAGUCAGAGAAGGGCAGAAAGCAUCUGGAGAAAGAGAGCUUGAAGAUCAGAACUCUGCUGGAGGGAAAAAAGACAGAACUUGAGGAGAGGGUCAGGCAAUUGGCUACAAUUGAAAAGGAAGGCGGGGCUCUGAGUAAGGAAGUGGACAGGCUGAAGGAGGUGGCAGUCAAAGCCAAAGAGCUGGAGCGGGAGAACAAGGAGCUACAGAAACAGGCGACUAUUGACAAGAGAACUCUGGCUACACUGAGAGAGGAGCUGGUGUCAGAGAAGUUGAGUGUUCAGCAGCAGAGUGUUGAGUUAGAAAGACUCAAUGAAGAACUGGAGAAGAUUGGACUGAACAGAGAAAAACUACUGCAGCGGGAGCACACCCUGGAGGACAGCAGGUACAGGCUGCUGGAAUCUCGGCUGGAGGAAACUGUCCAACAGACAAUGAAGAUUAAGGAGGAAAAAAUAUUCACUCUGGAAAAGAAGCUGCAGGAGAGCAACACACGCAACGCUACAUUACGAGCUGAGCUAGCCAAUGGUCAGAAGACAGUGUCUUCCCUGAGUCAGACCCAGGAGGAGGAAGAAAACCACAUCUCCCAGCAGCGCUUAGGUGGUGACAAGAGUCAGAGGUCUGCCACUGCGGAGCUUCUACGAAUCAAAGAUCAUCUUAUUGAUGUAGAAAAGAAGAAUGCCUCCUUGGAAACAGAGAGCAGUCUGUUGAAGGAGCAGCUUAGACAGCUGGAGAACCAGAACAAUUCUCUUAACAACCAGAUGUUGGCGCUGCAGCGACAUACCACCACCUUGCAGGAACAGAACUCAUCGUUACACACACAGACAGCAAAGCUGCAGGUGGAGAACUCAACACUUUCCUCUCAGAGUGCUUCUCUCAUGGCCCAGAAUGCUGUGCUGCAAGGCCAAGUCACUGCCUUGGAGACAGAGGUAGAGUCGUGGCAGCGACAGCGUGAGGAGGCGUGGCGGGGUCGGGAAAGUGUGCUCAGCGACCACGAACGCCUUCUGAGCGUCCAUGAGAGGCAAGCGCACGAGUAUGAGCAGCUGAUCAGUCAGCACGCUGCACUGAAAUGCAAACAGAGGACGCUAGAGAAUGAACAAAGGACUCUGCACAGCAAGUAUUGUGUUUUGCUGCAGCAGAAGGAGAAAUGGGAUGAACAGGAGGGGCACGGUCAGAAAGAUAAGGAGGAACUAAACCAGGAGAUCCAGAAGAAUCGGCUACUGCAGCAAGAGAAUCUGCAGCUAAAAACAGAAGUGGACAGAUUGACAGAGAGCCAAUCACAGCACUCAGAGAAAAGUGAAGGACUUCAGCAGAGAGUGAAUGAACUCAAGAGCUCAUUCAGCUCUGCCCAACUGGAAUUAAGUCAAUGGAUGACAAGAUACGAUUCACUGAUGGAACAACACCAGGGCCUGGAUCUUACAAUGACCAAACUAGACAACCACUGUGAGCUGCUGAGUCGACUGAAAGGGAACCUGGAAGAGGAGAACCACCACCUCCUGAGUCAGAUCAACCUGCUGAGUCAGCAGAACCACACUCUGCUGGAGAGGAGCAUGGAGAGCAAAGAGCUCUAUCACCAGGAGCAGAAAUUAUACAUCGACAAGUUGAAUUCUCUUCGUCGGCAAAAGGAGAAACUAGAAGAAAAGAUCAUGGACCAAUACAAGUUCUACGACCCAACACCUAAAAAGAGGAGUCAGUGGUCUGGAGCCAAAGCUUUAGUCAAACUGAUCAAACCCCGGAAGGAGAGCAGCAGGGAUAGAGGGGGAGAACGAGAAAAGGAAGGGUGCAAGGAGAAAGACCGAGCAAAGAGUGCCCCAGACAUCCCGCUACCUGCCCCACCCCCACUCCUCCCCCCUGAGUCGCCGCCCCCUCUUCCCCAGCGUACAGGAAGUGACUCCUCGCAAGAGGUUGGCCACGCUCACAGUAACCUCAACAACCACACCAGCAGCCCCCUCCUGGCGUCCCAGAGUCCAGCGCCACUGACACCCAUCAUCAGAGGUUUGACUGACAGGAGCCACAGAGUUUAUCGUAGCAGUACACCCGGGGGCAGCAGUGAAAGUGUCAAUGGAGACGAUGGACACGGACAAGGUCAGACCCAUAAAACUCUGAGCUCCACUCCGAGCCACCAGUUGUCAUCACCAGGCCUAAGCAACAAUUCCAGCUCCAGAAUGGGAGCAGGCCCCGGCCGCAGACCCAGAGGCAUGUUAUUUGAUGAAGACCACAAUACCUCUGACUCUGUGUUUGGUCACCAUGGUAACAUUGGAGGUCGCCCAGGAUCGGCAGACUUCAGCCACAACACCUCCAGCUCCAACUCACCCGUCAAUUGCAGAGACUCACUGGAUUGUCCGGGGCGCUCAGCCAGCCUGUCAAGUGAUGAUGUCAUGGGUCUCAGCCGAUCACAGCAGACUCUGUCGCGUAGCUCCACCCUCCCAUAUGACCACACGCCCCAGAGGGCCCAACCUCAGCGUGGAGGCGUAGUUAAAAUGAAGACACGGUCGUCAUCACCUGGAAGUGAGAUGGUGACGCUGGAAGAGUUUUUACACGAGAGCAACUUACAGUCACCUCCUAUGGUCUCUACAGGAAGCAAGGAGGACUUGAUGACUGAUUAUUUCACCAGAAGUCCCACCCCCUCAGCUCACACUACCAGAGAUCAGGUGACUCCAACCAGCUAUGUCUCGCCCACUGUACAAACCUCCAACCAGAGGCCAGGCCAGAGCGUGAAGCCUUCACCUCGCCAACCAGUGGGCCAGUCUCCAUCCUCAGGCCAGCCUCUCAGCCAGAGAACCACCCCAUCAUUGAGCCGGGCCUUCAGCUUGGCCUCAGCUGAUUUGCUGCGUUCUAGUGGACCAGAUAGUUUCCGCGGAAAUGAUGCUUCUCCUGGCCAAUCCGAUGUGGUAGUUCGACGGCAAGGAGGAGGAGUAAAUGGGAGAGAACGGCCACUCUCUGCCCAUCUGGCUGGUCCAACCAAUCAAAUUGGAGAUAGCAGCUUCCUAAACCUACCCAUUCACCACUCAUCCUCUCUGAAUUUGCAGACAGAGAGAUACACAGAGCGAGAAAGAGAGAGAGGGAGGACUCCUGCAUCCCGGAACGGCCCGUCCUCGUCCUCUUCCUACCACCACCAUGGCGAGGUCGCCAUGGUAACUCCCACCAGGGCAGUGCCAGCAAAACGGACUAAUGAGGCCUCUGAGCACGGGGAGGUGUUAAGAGAGGGCCAGGCGGAUGACUCCUCCCACUUAGAGAAAGAAAGUGAGAGCGCGAGAUGUAGCUCUGUUGAACGCCCAAAAAGCACACCAGCAUCCCCUGACCCCAACAAUGACCCCCAGACAGUGUGGUAUGAGUACGGUUGUGUCUAAUACCUGGAACCAAAUACUCUUAACUGCAGUCUGCAUUAGCUAAAUGCUAGAGCUGUGUGGACUGAGUCAAAACCCUCAGACACAUGUAAUCAGUCAUUGGACUAAAUUCUUUGUCUUGUUGAUAAAUCUUAGAACUUUGAAGCCUGUGGUCAAAUUUUGUUCCAAUACAGCAACAAUCACAGGAAGUCUGUGGACUGGACUUUGUCACAUUUAAAAAC